UAUGCAGACUCACUCCAGUCCAAUGGUUAUUCCACGAUGGAUGAAGCGCCAUCACGGCUCUCAAAUAUGUCGAGGCCAAGUGCAAAAUCAAUUUACUUGCAGAGGCAGGAGUAUGCAGCAUCAAUAAACAAGAUGAUGGGCAACUUUCAGUGCAGGGUGGAGCACCUGUUCACCUGUGACCUGGACGGGAAGGACCUGAAAAACAUCACAGACUGUGUGGACCGUUUGAACCUGCUGGAGGAGAUGGGUCAUGUGUGGGGUCAGACCAUGCAAUUGGAGGUGCAAGGCACCAAAAUGAUACUCACAGACAUUGAAAACAAGGACGAGCUGGAGUCGAUGCCUCUCAGUGACAUCCAGGAGUUCACCGCUGUGCUGAACGCCGGGGUGUUUAACUCUCUGCUCACAGUGUCAAUCCAGGCCAGGAAAAAACGCAACCACACUGUCUUCAUGUUCCAGUGUGAUGAUGUCAGGGCCGACUAUGUUGAAAAACAUCUCUCACUAGCACUGGCACGCCAGGGACAGAAUUCAGGCAUCAAAAAUGAAGGAGUGAAACCUGCAGUAAUCCCUAAACCCAGCGAGCCAGAGCCUGCGGCUGAACCAGCGUGGCAGUGGAGUGAGCCUGACUAUGAAGACCAUUUGCACGAUCCUGAAAUGUUACUGCCUGAAGAUGAGGAGGAUGAUGAGGAGCCCUUCAUGCAUGAAGACGUACCUCGUUCAUACACGGAGCUGGACAGGAAUGUGGAUAUGUUGAAUCAUAUUUUAAGGGACAUCGAAAUCUUCAUGGGACAAUUAGCUGCAGCAGAAGCUAAAAAUGCAAAGAAGAAGAAGGGGGAGCUCAAUGGAAAGAUCAACAAUCCCAGUGCUCCUGAAUUUGUCCGCUCCUUUUUUGUCUCGUUAAAAUUCGUGGUGUCACACUGUCCUGAGGUUCUGCCGCCCAGCAUUAUUGCGCCGUUGCUGACGCCUCAGUGUAUCCGUCUCAUGAGUGAAGAGGCGUCCACGGAGGAGGACGAGCUGUGGCAGUCUCUGGGAGAUGCCUGGAACAUUCCCAGUACCCAGUGGCCAGAAGAUGAUGAGGACAUCCCAACCUACAACCCGCAGUUCUUCGAUGGCUGGCAGCCCCCUGAAGUCACUGCAGAACCUCCCCCCACUCCACCUCUGACCAGACAGAGGAGUGCACCCAAAUCUGUGGCCAGACCAAAGAGCCCACAACCUGCACCCAGUAAACCAGUGACCAGGCAGGAGGAUCGGCAACCUGCGCCCAGUCAGACGUAUGCCAGUUGGAAACCUACACGCUCAGUGGAGCCAAAACUGCGAGAAGUGCAUGUGAAGUCUGACUUCAUUUCAAGAAACCAAAGAGAGCUCACCGUGAGAAAAGGAGAAACAGUUCAGCUGCUGGACAAGUCCAAGCAGUGGUGGAAAGUGAGGAAUGACAGAGGGGAGGAAGGCUUUGUCCCCAGUAAUAUCCUGAGCGAUAAUGAUCACCAACCUGAUGAAGAGGAAAUUGUGGCCUCACCUGUCCUAACAAAGAGGUCCAAGCCUGCCGAAGUGAAAGCCUGGCUCGAAGACAAGGGCUUCAGUAAAAUCACUGUACGCUGUCUCGGUGUGGUGAGCGGCACUACGCUUCUGGGCAUGACCAGAGAGGAGCUGAAGGUGAUGUGUCCCGAGGAAGGAGGCCGAGUCUUCUUCCAGUUAAACGCAGUCAGGUCGCAGCUAGCCGCUUCCAGUUAAGUGAGACCAGUGACGGGACCUCAAAGGGGACAGAAGA